GAAAAACUCUUAUGAGACACCACAGAGGAUGUCUGUGGACAACCCUGACCAUCUUCUUCAUGAGAUGCCUUGGGAACAAUAGUGUCUUCAGUCAGAGGCUUCUUCGAAAUCACUCAUCUGGAUUGAGAUGCUACCUGUAUGGCACAGCAGAUUCUAUUACCUGCUCUGGUAUUCAAACGUGUCCUGCUGGUUAUGACCGAUGUGCUUCUGCCAAGAUAGAAGGAGUCACUUUCAAGGAGUGCUUGAAAAACACAGACUGCAUUUCUCCCAUAAAGUGCUGUGGAACGGACUUGUGCAACAGUGCCAUACCAACUGGCCCUGGUGUCACUCUGCUGCUCCUGUCUUCAGCCCUUAUGAUGCUCUUUAUUUAAGGCUCUGAAAUCAUGAUCCUGUUCUGGUUUAUUGUUUUGUCUUUUAACAAUUACUCUGAGUUUACAGUUUACAUGCAGUCAUCACAGAUAUGCAGCAGUUUGUCUGUUCUGAACAUGAAACAAAAUCUGAAGCCAUGAAAGAAUAAACUAAUCAAAUGCUCAAUCAACAA